GUGCUGCGGCACGCCAUGGCUGCGAGCCCGCUGCUCAUCGCCCCUCCGGAACGGCUGCGCCAGCCUCUGGCCGUGCCGCAGAGGCUGCUGUUGGGGCCAGGACCCAGCAACGUGCCCCCUCGCGUCCUGGCCGCGGCGGGCCGGCAGCUUGUGGGCCACACGACCCCCGAGAUGCUGCAGAUCAUGGAUGAGAUCAAGGCAGGCAUCCAGUACGCCUUCCAAACGAGCAACCCGCUGACCCUGGCCGUCAGCGGCACAGGCCACUGCGCCAUGGAGACUGCCCUCCUCAACCUGAUUGAGCAGGGCGACACCAUACUGGUGGCCAUCAACGGCAUCUGGGGCGAGCGCGCAGCCAUCAUCGCUGAGAGAUUGGGAGCCAACGUCCAUAAGUUGCUGAAGCCCCUAGGCGAGUACUUCACCCUGCAGGACAUUGAGGAGGGCCUGGUGCGGCACAAGCCCUUUGCACUCUUCAUCACCCAUGGCGAGUCCUCCACAGGCGUGCUGCAGCCACUGGAGGGGCUGGGCGAGCUGUGCCACCGGCACGGCUGCCUGCUGCUUGUGGACUCGGUGGCAUCGCUUGGAGGGGCACCAAUCUUCAUGGACCAGCAGGAGAUUGAUGUCUUGUACUCAGGGUCUCAGAAAGUCCUCAGCGCCCCCCCUGGCAGUGGCCCCAUCUCGUUCAGUGAGCGAGCCAGGGAGAAGAUGCUGAGGAGGAAGACAAAGCCUUCUUCCUUCUACCUAGACAUAAACCAACUGGCAAGCUACUGGGGCUGUGACGGCAAGCCACGAACGUACCACCACACAGCACCAGUCAACAGCUUCUUCAGCCUGCGGGAGGGCUUGGCAAUGCUGGUUGAGCAGGGCCUGGAAAACUCAUGGGAGCGCCACCAGGCCAACUGUACCUACCUGUGUAAGGGGCUGCAGGACCUGGGGCUCGAGCUCUUGGUGAAGGAAGAGGUAGCAAGACUUCCCACCAUUACUGCCAUCAAAGUGCCUGAGGGCUACGACUGGGAGGAGAUCACAACCUUUGUCAUGAACAAACACACCAUCGAGAUCGCUGGGGGCCUGGGCCCCUCGUCAGGCAAGGUUCUUCGAGUUGGUCUCAUGGGCUACAACUCAACCAGAGCCAAUGUGGACCUGGUACUCCACGCCCUGCGAGACGCCCUGCAGCACUGUCACCAGAGCAGGCUGUGA